UCCGGUGUGAGGGUUUUCCCUGCACAAUUUCUCUGUCUUUGCUGGUGUCCGCGUUCUGCGUUGUGGGAUCUCAAAAGCAGUGCUUCCAGAUGGAGUUCUUUGAAGAGCAAGCGCUGUGUAAGACAAAGAGUGCCAUCAGAUGUAUAAUCUCCUUGGAAGUUAAGUCCUGAACUGUUCUGUCAAGGUAUCCUAGAGUUACCAAAAGCUGGGUAAUGUCUUUUCAUUCUGGGCGUGGAUGCCCCCGGGGCCGAGGAGGAGCUACUGUGCGAGCUUCAUCGCAAACCUUUCGCCCCCAAAACCUGAGACAAGUGCAUCCUCAGCAGUCUUCAAUGCAGUAUCAGUAUGACCAGCAAACCGCAACCACAUCCAUCUAUGUGAACCCUCCAACUACAAACUAUGUACCUCCUAGGCCAGAUUUUGUCCCAUAUCCCCCACCAAUCCCCCCUUCGCCUCAAAGUUCAAUCACUCAGUGUCCCCCCCGACCUCCUUUUUCAGGCCAUCAAGUGAGGCAGACUUUCCCACUUCCCCCUUGCUUCCCCCCAGCUCCUCCCCCUGUCCCAAAUCCUAGUAACCCUCCAGUUGUAGCCAAUGCAACUGGACAAAACACGUUCCCUUACAUGAUGCCACCUCCAUCCAUACCACAUCCCGUGCCUCCACCAAUAAUGCCUCAACAGGUAAAUUACCAGCCUGUGUAUUCUCCAGCAUACUCUCAGCAGACAUUUUCGCCUCCUAACUUCAAUAACUACCAACACAAUGCAAACUCUUACCAAAGCAACAAUGGCAGUGCUAAUAGUGGUGGUAACACCAGCAGUAACUUCCGACACCCAAGUCAGUAUCCAAUAGAAAAAUCCCAGACUGAACGGAGGUCUCCAGAGAGGAGUAAAUAUUAUGACGAACAUCGCCAUCGGGAUCACUGCCAUGGCCAUGGGGAUCGGCAUCGCUCCACUAAUCAUGGUGACCGGCGGGAUCGAGGGAGGAGCCCAGAUCGCCGGCGGCCAGAAAGUAGUCGGCAUAGAUCGGAUUAUGUCAGAGGAAGAACCCCACCCCGCCAUCGAAGUUAUGAAUGGUACAGGGAACAUCAAAGGGAAAGGCACAGGCACCGUGAUAGUCGACGAUCACCAUCUACAGAAAGGUCCUAUAGAAAAGAUCACAAAAGAACAGGAAGUCAAUCUCCCAGCCAAGACCGAAAGAGACCCCGUUGGGAAGAGGACAGGGAGCGGUGGUCAGAAAAUGCCAAUAGAGAGAAAAGUUAUACCUCCAUCAAGGACAAAGAGCCAGAAGAAGCUGCAGGUGAAAAGAACGAGGAAGAAGAUGAGGAUCUACUAAAGCCAGUGUGGGUUCGUUGUACCCAUUCAGAAAGCUACUAUUCAAGUGAUCCCAUGGAUCAAGUGGGGGAUUCCACGGUUGUGGGAACGAGCCGACUCAGAGAUUUGUAUGAAAAAUUUGAAGAAGAGCUUGGAAAGCGUCAAGCAAAGGCCAAAGCUGCCAGGCCUCCAUGGGAGCCACCCAGGACCAAACUGGAUGAAGAUGUAGGGAGCUCCAGUGAUUCUGAUUGUGAUUCAGAAGAUGACAGCUGCUCCAGCAGUUCCGAUUCAGAGGUCUUUGAUGUCAUUGCUGAAAUUAAGCGGAAGAAGGCCCACCCUGAUCGUCUGCAUGAGGAGCUGUGGUACAAUGAUCCUGGACAGAUGAAUGAUGGGCCUCUUUGCAAAUGCAGUGCCAAGGCCAGGAGGACCGGAAUAAGACAUGGAAUUUAUCCUGGAGAAGAGCCCAUUAAACCCUGUCGUCCUAUGACCAACAAUGCUGGAAGAUUGUUCCACUACCGCAUUACGGUGUCACCUCCUACCAACUUCUUAACAGACAGACCCACCGUCAUAGAGUAUGAUGACCACGAAUACAUUUUUGAGGGAUUUUCCAUGUUUUCCCAUGCUCCACUCACAAAUAUUCCUCUGUGUAAAGUAAUCAGAUUUAACAUUGAUUAUACAAUUCAUUUCAUUGAGGAGAUGAUGCCUGAAAACUUUUGUGUCCGAGGGCUGGAACUCUUCUCUUCUUACCUCUUCAAAGAUAUUUUAGAACUAUACGAUUGGAAUCUGAUUGGUCCUUCAUCAGAAAACAGUGAUACUUCUUGCCCUCGGUUCCAUUUCAUGCCACGUUUCGUAAGGUUUCUCCCAGAUGGCGGGAAGGAAGUUCUGUCAAUGCAUCAGAUUCUCCUGUAUUUGUUACGAUGCAAUAAACCACUCGUGCCAGAAGAAGAGAUUGCCAAUAUGCUACAGUGGGAAGAGCUUGAGUGGCAGAAAUAUGCCGAGGAAUGCAAAGGGAUGAUAGUGACUAGCCCUGGCAUGAAACCCAGUUCUGUUCGUAUUGAUCAGUUGGAUCGUGAGCAGUUCAACCCUGAUGUGAUUACUUUUCCAAUUAUCGUCCACUUUGGAAUACGACCUGCUCAACUCAGUUAUGCUGGAGACCCACAAUACCAAAAACUCUGGAAAAGUUAUGUGAAAUUACGCCACCUGCUGGCUAACAGUCCCAAAGUGAAACAGGCAGAUAAACAGAAAUUAGUGCAGAGAGAAGAAGCCCUGCAAAAAAUCAGGCAGAAGAAUACCAUGCGGCGUGAAGUAACUGUUGAGCUGAGCAGCCAAGGAUUCUGGAAGACGGGAAUUCGUUCUGAUGUCUGUCAACAUGCCAUGAUGCUUCCUGUCCUAACACACCACAUCCGUUACCAUCAGUGUCUGAUGCAUUUGGACAGACUAAUAGGCUACACUUUUAAAGACCGGUGUUUAUUGCAGCUUGCCAUGACUCACCCAAGCCAUCACUUGAACUUUGGAAUGAAUCCAGACCAUGCCAGAAAUUCCUUAUCAAAUUGUGGGAUUCGGCAACCCAAAUACGGGGAUAGGAAAGUUCACCAUAUGCACAUGAGGAAAAAAGGUAUCAACACUUUGAUCAAUAUUAUGUCACGUCUUGGUCAAGAUGAUCCAACUCCUUCCAGGAUUAACCACAAUGAACGCUUGGAAUUUUUGGGAGAUGCUGUGGUUGAGUUUUUAACCAGUGUCCAUCUGUACUAUUUGUUUCCAAGCUUGGAGGAAGGAGGAUUAGCAACAUACCGGACUGCCAUUGUUCAGAAUCAACAUCUUGCAAUGCUGGCUAAGAAGCUGGAGCUGGAUCGCUUUAUGCUUUAUGCUCAUGGACCUGAUUUAUGCCGAGAAUCAGAUCUGCGCCAUGCAAUGGCCAACUGCUUUGAAGCAUUGAUAGGGGCAGUUUACUUAGAGGGAAGUCUUGAAGAAGCCAAGCAACUGUUUGGACGCCUGCUCUUUAAUGACAAGGACCUGCGGGAAGUAUGGCUUAAUUAUCCGCUACACCCUCUACAACUGCAAGAAUCUAACACCGACAGACAGUUGAUUGAGACGUCUCCUGUCCUCCAGAAAUUGACUGAGUUUGAGGAUGCUAUUGGAGUAAUUUUUACUCAUGUUCGGCUCUUGGCACGGGCUUUUACUUUGAGAACAGUGGGAUUUAACCAUCUGACGCUGGGCCAUAAUCAGAGGAUGGAGUUCUUGGGUGAUUCCAUAAUGCAGUUGGUGGCUACCGAGUACUUAUUCAUACAUUUCCCUGAUCAUCAUGAAGGCCACUUGACGUUGUUGCGAAGCUCUUUGGUCAACAACAGGACACAAGCCAAAGUGGCAGAAGAACUGGGCAUGCAGGAGUUUGCCAUUACUAAUGAUAAGACCAAACGGCCCAUUGCACUGCGAACAAAAACCUUAGCAGAUCUUUUGGAAUCCUUUAUUGCUGCUCUGUACAUAGAUAAGGAUCUUGAAUACGUCCACACCUUCAUGAACGUCUGCUUUUUCCCAAGACUGAAAGAAUUCAUCUUAAACCAGGAUUGGAAUGAUCCAAAGUCUCAGCUCCAGCAAUGCUGCUUAACUCUCAGAACGGAAGGGAAGGAGCCAGACAUUCCUCUAUAUAAAACUCUACAAACAGUUGGACCUUCUCACGCUAGGACAUACACUGUAGCUGUUUAUUUCAAAGGCGAGAGAAUAGGAUGCGGGAAGGGACCAAGCAUUCAACAAGCAGAGAUGUGUGCAGCAAUGGAUGCACUGGAAAAAUAUAAUUUUCCUCAGAUGGCCCAUCAAAAACGGUUCAUUGAACGGAAGUACCGGCAAGAGCUUAAAGAAAUGAGGUGGGAAAGAGAACAUCAAGAAAGAGAUCUGGAUGAGUCAGAAGACAUGAGAAAAUAAGGGGGAUAGAAACAGUAGUACAUUUGCUUAACCGUGGCCUAUAAAAACCCAUCCUAGUUUCAAGGAAAUAAAUGAAAUCAUGUUU